AUGGAAAAACCAAUAAACCCAUUUGCAUGGAUUAAAAAAUUGGAAUGUCCACCGACAAUAUACAAUGAUUCUGUCAAAAAAAUAUUAUAUACAGGUGCUGCUGUACUUUUAUGGGAUGAUUUAGCUGAUGUUAUUUUUACUGCAGAUGAAGUGAAAACAAUACGAAAAAAUAUUUUAUUGCACCAGUUAAAACAAGGAAUGCCUAAUAAUGUUGUUCAGUGCAUACAAAAUAUAGUGCAAUUAAAGUCAGCUCAAAAUAAUUUAGAGAAUGAUAUAUCUAAAUUAGACGAAGAAUACAAGCAAUUAAAUUUUACAGUUAGGCAGAAAGCCCAAAAAUUACGAGAUAUAUCAUCUAAAAGUUCCCAAGUAAAAGUAAUGAAAGACUUGCUUAAGAUGAAAUACGAUCAAACUGCUACACAGAUUGGGGACUGUAAUAACAUGAGAUUAGUUUGUCAACAUUUAAUGCCAAGCAAUUGUAAAGACGUAGAUACUAAACUACUAUCAGAAAUGUCAAAUGCAGUGACAAGUCUUUGGACUGAAGCGAAUAAAAAACAAGUAUGGGAUAUAAUAGCAAAUAAUCUUAAUAUUGAAGUGCCUACAUUAUGGCGAAACUUAUAUAAAAAUUUUACUCAAGAUGUGGAUACACUAAUUAAGUCAGUAACUACAAAACGUUUAGACUUCACUGAAAAAAGCAUAAAUGUUGGUUUUGCUAAAGUACAUGGUCAGCAAAUCUCUAUGGUUGCAAAGCGAUUAUUGCACAAUGCAAAAGCAAAUAAUCAUCAGCAAAGUAUCCUUGAAUUUACUGAGAAAAUUGAGGUGGCUACAAAUAAUUCUGUAGAUAUGAUCACAUGGCUAGCAUUAGCAUUGGAAGUCUGUAAAUUAGAAACUGAACAGAAAUGCUUAUUAGCAGAAGUUGAUAAAAUUCGAGAAGAUUUGAAUGAAAAUAAUACACUUCCAGUUGAUCUAAUUGAAGUGAUUUCAGAAAUACAAGAUAUUAAUACGGAAAUAGUAAAAUGUACAGAAUGUAUACAACAAUCAUUAAUACAUUUGAAGUGUUUGCCAAAGUAUUUUAUAGAAAAAAAAGAAGAGAUGAAUUUUGUAUUGCAAAAAAUAUUAGUACUGCGGAACAAUAUUUAUGACUCUGUGUGGUCAAAAACAAGUUUAAUAACUGAAUUACGAAUAUUCCAUGACACCUUAGAUCUUAAUGCAUUAAGGAAAGUUAUGUUGAAGGGUGAUGUUGGAAUUUACAGGCAUACAAAAAGAUGUUUCAGUGAAGCUUCUGUUUCAAUUACUAAUACUCAGGCAUCAAAUAUUACAUGUUACUUUCCAAUGAUUCAAACACCAGUAUACUCUUUAAUAGAAUGCUAUAAAAAUUUAACUUUAAUGUUUCUUUACAAGACAUUUGAUUCUUUACAAGUUGAUGAAAAUGUAGAUGCACUGCAAAUACCUAUACCAUCAUACGAAGAAAAUAAUUAUAAUAUACAUAAAUUAUUAAAUUUAUCAAGAAUUGCAAGUACAAAUAUAGAAGCCGAAAUUAAUAACUUUAAUGAAAUACUAAAUGAUUGGGUACAUCAAACAGUUGAGAAAGUAAUGGACAUUAUCGAAAAAACUGUAGACGAUGCAACUUUUCCAGAGUGGGUUGAACGUUACAAUUUACUAUUAUAUAUAAUACAAAAUUCUAAAUAG